GUCAUGCUUAAUAAAACUAGCCACCAAUGCGGGGGCAACGCCAGACCCAAAAACGACGUCGUCCCCACCGCCCCCUUCCCCGCCCUUCCGCCGUACAAUCAUGACGCCCACCGCCUCGCCCCCGCCUCGAUCGUCCCACCCUUCCUCGUGAGUGCCGUCGGCGCCACCUCCUCCUGGCUUCGUAAUCGCCGGAUUCGUUACCUCUUGAUCCUGCUUUGCUCCCCUCUGCUCCUUUGCCUCCUCUUCUUCGCCUUCCCUUUCCUAUGCGCCGUAGAUCUCUGCCUCCGCCGCUGUCUCUGGCGGAAAUUCUUCCGCGAUUCCCGCGACGAUGAUCGGCUGAGACGAUGCGAGGAAGGUUGCAGUGGAUGCGGUGGCGAUGAGGAGAAGGGCCUCUUGCAUAGGUACUUGGAGGAUCAGCUUCGUCUGGUCGGAUCUAUGUAUGAGUGUGGGGAUGAUGAAGAUGAAGAAGCACAAGAAGAAUUUCGAAGGGCCCAAGACGUUGAGAAUCUGCACAGUAGUAUGACUCCUCUAUUGAGCUGAUCAAUUCCCCUUAACUUUUUUUUUCGUUUUUUU